AUGACACAUGGUUCACACACGCCGGACCUCAACCUUACCCGGGACCGUUACAACACAGGCAAUCAGGGCUUCAUCCGCCCUCUUUUUCGAGUUUCGCCACUUCGGCGAAACGGGCGAGGAGUGGGUGAGCAGGAGAAUCAAGCCAUUUCCUCCCAGCGAGGACAACCAAGCACGGCAAAUCCCAUCCCCCUCCCCAGCCAUCCACACAUCUCUGCCCCGGCCUGGACAGACAGAAUAGCCGUAAGCACCAGCUCAGCUGGGAACCGGACGACCACUCUCCGAGGUUGCAAAAACGAUUUAUCGCUGAAAACGACCAACGACGACGACGACGGUUUUGCUGCCAACACAAAUAACGCCGCCAUUUUCUUUGGCCCCGUGCUACGCGGUUUCAAUGACCGGGUGCAGCCGCAGUGCAUAGCCUUCAUAUCGGCCCGCGGUAAGGACGUCACGUUUAAGGAGCACUUCCGGCUGGCCCAAGAGCUGAAGCAGCUGCUGACGGACGUGGACAAGGUACAGGGUCGCGGCAACAAGGAGACGGCCCGUGCGUUCGGGAGGCGGCUGGUCGACAAGAUGCAGGCCGAGCUGAAGAGGUGA